AUGGCGGUCGCCUUGAGAGACAAGGAGAGCCAUAGGCUUAAUGAGGAGGCAACUCAGUCCAUAAGGACUAUAAACGAAUGGGAAGAGGCCCUAGAGGAAAGGGAUAAUUAUCUCCGCCGGGAGAUGCAAUGCCUCAAGACGUUGUUCAUGUCAAGAUUAUCCUUAGCAUCGUCGAUGCUUCGUUGGACAGGUACUUGCGAGCGGUGCCGAAAUCCGGCAAGAAAUGCAAGAAGCUGGCUGAAAGAUAUCCUCAAUAAUAACUUGACUUCUCAUAUUCUACGCGCUUUCGAGGAGUCAAGCCAGCAUGUCGAUAGCUCAAGGAGUAGUCUGGAUUCAUAA